ACCCCUGGGCACAAUUAAUACAUUGUAAGCAAGAGGGAAGAUAAAUGUUUUGCUAGAUGCCCCACAAAAUCUUUCACGAGGCCUUCGAAGUUUGAACAGAGAAAGCCAAUUGAUCUCUCAGGUCUAAGUUUUCAUUUCUGUCUCCACAAGUAUAAACAAAAGGGAGAAGAGAAAUCAAUGAAGUCUCCUUAUUUUCUCAUAGUUUCUCUUUGCUUGCUACCGCUGCUCGUCUUCCCUCCUCUUUCUUAUGCUUCUGUAGAAACAUCGAAAACAGGUGCAUUUACAAAGGCCUUUGAUCCGACUCGAGCCGCUCAACUCUCUUGGCAACCCAGGGCCUUCGUUUACAAGGGAUUCUUAUCAGACGAGGAGUGUGAUCAUCUUAUUAAUCUGGCUAAGGGUAAGCUUGUGAAAUCAAUGGUGGCUAAUGAUGAAACUGGAGAGAGCAUGGAAAGCCAGGAGAGAACCAGUAGCGGCAUGUUUAUUUUCAAAACUGAGGAUGAAAUUGUUAAUGGUAUUGAGGCCAGGAUUGCUGCCUGGACUUUCCUCCCAGAAGAAAAUGGGGAGCCGAUUCAGAUACUACGCUAUGAGCAUGGUCAGAAAUACGAAGCACAUAUUGAUUAUUUCGUGGACAAGGCUAAUCAAGAAGAGGGUGGCCAUCGGGCCGCCACCGUACUUAUGUACUUGUCUGAUGUUAAGAAGGGGGGAGAAACCGUAUUUCCCACUUCAGAGGCAAAAGGGUCUCAAGCAAAGGAUGAUAGCUGGUCUGAUUGUGCUAAAAAGGGUUAUGCAGUGAAACCCAACAAGGGCGAUGCCUUGCUGUUCUUCAGUCUCCAUCCUGACGCGACUCCUGACCCUGGUAGCUUGCACGCGAGCUGCCCUGUUAUUGAGGGGGAGAAGUGGUCUGCGACCAAGUGGAUCCAUGUCAGGUCCUUCAGCGAACCCGUGAAGCGAACAAAAAUGGGGAAAUUGUAUUGAUGAGUGUGAAAAAAGAACCCUAUUUAUAUGGUGGGCUCUCACAUUUGUAACUGUAGGAGUUGUAAGAACUGCUAAUCGUAGGAAGUCUUUUUUCCCAGUAUCCCCCUGUUCUUUACAAAGGAUUCAUAUUUUAGGGAAA